AUGAUGGAGGCCACCGGGCCGGAAGGCCUGGAAAGCACAAGCUCCCCCUGCCCAGGUAGCACAGGCACCAGCCUCUCAUGGGACAAUGGCACCAGACACAAUGUCACCUUCCCCGAGCCGCUGCCUGCCCUCUACGUGCUGCUGCCGGUGGUAUACUCCGUCAUCUGUGCCGUGGGGCUGGUGGGCAAUGCAGCCGUCAUCUGUGUGAUCCUGAGAGCGCCCAAGAUGAAGACGGUGACCCACGUGUUCAUCCUGAACCUGGCCAUUGCCGACGGGCUCUUCACGCUGGUGCUGCCCACCAAUAUUGCUGAGCACCUGCUGCAGCGCUGGCCCUUUGGGGAGGUGCUCUGCAAGCUGGUGCUCGCCAUUGACCACUGCAACAUCUUCUCCAGUGUCUACUUCCUGGCCGCCAUGAGUAUAGACCGCUACCUGGUGGUUCUGGCCACAGCACGCUCCCGCCGCAUGCCCCGGCGCACCGUCCGCAGGGCGAAGGUCGCCAGCCUGUGCGUCUGGCUGGGUGUCACAGUCGCAGUGCUGCCCUUCCUCACCUUCGCAGGCGUGUACAACAAUGAGCUGCAGGUCACGAGCUGUGGGCUGAGUUUCCCGCGGCCCGAGAGGGCCUGGUUCCAGGCAAGCCGCAUCUACACGCUGGUGCUGGGCUUCGUGGUGCCCAUGUGCACCCUCUGCGUGCUCUAUGCAGACCUGCUGCGGAGGCUAAGGGCCCUGCGGGUCCACUCUGGAGCCAAGGCCCUGGGCAAGGCCAAGCGGAAGGUUAGCCUCCUGGUCCUGGCCGUGCUGGCCGUGGGCCUGCUCUGCUGGACGCCUUUCCACCUGGCCUCAGUUGUGGCCCUGACCAUAGACCUGCCCCAGACACCGCUGGUCAUCAUUGUCUCCUACGUGGUCACCAGCCUCAGCUACACCAGCUCCUGCCUCAACCCCUUCCUCUAUGCCUUCCUGGAUCACAACUUUCGGAAGAGCCUCCGCACCGCAUGUCGGUGCCAGGGGGCAUAAGCGCCCCCUCAUGGCCUGCAGACAGUAGAAAGGUUCUCUGCCUUUCA